AAGCCAAUGGGUGGCAGUGAUGUGCAGUUUUUGUUGUCGGAAACAUGCUUCCAAAAUAGCAAGAGGAAGUGAGUUCUGUUUAUCUGCUUCUAGUAACCGGACAGGACAACUGUGUAUCAGAGAUAUUCCCUCUGACUGUAUUUUAAAAUUAAUAUUUUGAACAAGAGUACAUGGCUUCACCUGCUAAUCCCGGCUCACCACUGUUGGUAGAUGUAGUUGCGGUUUCAGCGUCACCGGGGCACGACAGCAAAACGUCCUCUUCUACUACGCAGGGACGUGGGAAGAAGCGACCCGCUAGCCCAGCGACUACUCCACUUGUUCCUGGCAAUAGCAAGAAAAAGAAGACACAGGUUACUACCACAGGCCAGGUGGCGCAAGUGGAUGUGACUGGUGAAGCAAAACCUGGGCUGGGUGACCCUUCAUCUGCAUCAACUGAACCCACACCCAAGCCUCCACCUUUCAAAGACCCCAAUUUCAUUCACUCUGGUAUUGGAGGAGCUGCUGCAGGGAAGAAGAACCGUAGCUGGAAGAACCUCAAGCAGAUCAUAGCAGCGGAGCGAGCCCUGCCCUGGAAAAUUGACCAUCCUAACUAUUACAACAUAGAUGCACCCCCUUCCCUGAAGCCAGCAAAGAAAUACUCAGACAUCUCUGGUCUUCCGGCCAACUACACAGACCCCCAGAGUAAGCUCCGCUUUGCCUCAACAGAAGAGUUCUCCUAUAUCCGCCUCCUACCCACCGAUGUCAUCACUGGCUACCUGACACUUCGAAAGGCCACUUGUGUGGUGCCAUGACUCCCCACAGUGUCACGCAGAAUGCCCACUCAAAAGGUCGCUCUUAUGCAAGAUAUGCACAACAUCUUUGAGUACUACUUGUAGAACCAAUCUUGUGCAUUACACACGUGUGUAAAUGCUGAACACUCGUCUUUGUGUUACACAUCUGAACAUUCCUUGUGUGGAUUGGAUGUUUGCACGCGUCCUGUGUACCUAC